AUGAAAUAUGAAGUGAAUUGUUACAUUCGGAGGCAAAUCAAUACCACUCUCGGUAUCACCAGAUGUUACAGUCAAAGACCUCAAGUCUCUUCUCCAACCAAUCACCAACGUUCUUCCUCGUGGCCAGAAACUUAUCUUCAAAGGAAGGUCCAGUGCUUAUUAAGGAAGCUAGUGCAAGGCCAAUCUCUAGAACUGUUGUAUCUGAUAAAAGUAGAUCAGACGAAACCUGGUCUCCUCGUUGACAAGAACUGCACUGAUCGAUGGAAAGCCAUAGGAGUCAUUGCUUUAGCUCAAGCCAAUUUGAAGGAAAUACCGGAAGAAGUGUGGGACUGUGGAUCCGGAGUCAGAGUACUAGACAUUAGUGAAAACUUCAUUCGAGAAGUACCUGCAAAAAUCAGCUCUUUUGGUUCUAUGCAGAAAUUGCUCCUUCAAGGAAACGGUCUGUCCGAUGAAUCCAUUCAGUGGGAAGGGAUUGCAUCUCUGAAGCGUCUGAUGCUUCUCUCCAUCAGUCAUAACAAAACUAGGGCAGAGAAGAAGAAGCAAUCCUCGGCACCACCGUCUCUUUUGAUGACGUCGUUUUCCGAAGACGUCAUCGUUGACAUCAUAGCGCGUGCGAUCGUCUCUAAACACUUCCGAACACUGUCUCUAUGCUCUCGUCUAUGUGUCCACCGUUGGAAUAUUCUCCGCCGGAAAGCCAAUGGCAAUAGCCGCUUGGUGCUUAUCCCUUCACUGCCUGUUAUGCCUCGCUAUGGAAGCUUUGUCGUAGUGGGAUCGAGGAUAUAUGUGUUUGGUGAGAUUAAUGAAGAUAGGACAACGAGUGCAUUCACCAUCGAUUGUAGAUCUCACACGGUGCAACCUCUCCCGAGUAUGCCUGUGCCCAUGUAUGAUACAAUGGCUGACAUCGUCGACGGAAAAAUAUAUGUAAUUGGAGAUAGCUAUUGUCAUGACAGGAAGAAGGUGAUGGUGGUGUUCAAUACAGAAACACAAAAGUGGGAGGAACCUGAGGUUAUAAAGCCAGACAUUGACACGUGGUGUGAUUGUGUGGUGAUGGUAGAUAAGCUGUACACGAGGGAUUAUCUUGAUAACAUUUUUGUUUACGCUCCAAAGGAACAUAAAUGGGAAAGAGACGAGAUGCAGAAUGUAAAGCACUUGUGCUACAACGUAUUGUACUACUACGAUAGGGAUGAGAAGAGUCUAAGAACGUAUGAUCCAAAGCAGAGAUGUUGGGGAGUGGUGAAAGGUGUGGAAGAAUUGUUGGCUAAGUCAAGAUAUCCAUGGUGGUUAAAGAGUACUGUGAGUUACGGUGGGAGAUCCGCUUUGCUUUUUUCUGAAGGAGAAUCAAGUGAGAUUUGGUUUGCGAAGAUUUCGCUGGAAAAACGUGGAGGCGAGGAGAUUCAGGGUAAAGUUGAGUGGUGUGAUCAUGUUCUGAAUAGGAAUUUGUGCUUUAGGAAAUCUCUAGCUGUUAUGAUGAUUUGA